AUGUCCUCAUACCUGGAGAAGCAGUCCUCUGCCUUCCGCGGCACGCUGGCCUCGGCGGCCGCGAAGCUCUCGAACCCUUCCAGCACGAGCGCCGGCAAGGCGACGUCGCUGGCGCCCCCGUCCCCCUCGCCAUCCGCCGCAUCGGACAGCACCACGCCCACGGCCAAGAGGAAGCGCGAUCUGGCGCCCGAGGUGCCGUUUUCUCAGCCCCAGCUGACGGGGUACGGUGCCGAAGUCAAGACGCAGAUGGCCUUUGCGGUGGAGUAUCUCAAGAAGAAGGGCGAGCCCAAGAGCAUCACCGAGAUCAUCGACCACCUCAGCCUGCGAGGCUACUCGGAGGAGCACAAGCGGGAGCUGACGGAAGGACUGAGGGGCCACCCGCGCGUGGACUGGAAGCCAGACGCCAGCCUGAGCGAGCAGACAUGGAAGACUGGCAUGUACUCGUACCGCCCCAUCAUCCUCAACGUCAAGGACGGCACAUCUCUCCUGGCGUACCUGCAGCGCAAGACGGACGCCUCGGGCGUUUCGGUCAAGGACCUCAAGGACGGCUGGCCUGACUGCGAGGAGACGCUGGCGUCCCUGGAGAAGCAGCACAAGGUCCUCGUCGUCCGCACCAAGAAGGACAACUUCCCCCGCUACGUCUGGGCCGACGACCCGUCGCUGCACAACUCGGUCCAGCCCGAGUUCCAAGUCAUGUGGCACCGCGUCCCCAUCCCCAGCGUCGACGACAUGCACCGCAAGCUGGUCAACGUUGGACAGAAGCCCACCAGCGAGGACCCGCUCAAGAUUCAGCAAGCGGCGGGAAACAAGCCCAAGGUGCAGAAGAAGAGGGCGAGCAAGAGGACGGGAAAGGCGACAAAUGUGCACAUGGCACAUUUAUUGCAGGAUUUCAGUCACAUACGGCGAUGA